UACUUUCAAUGCUUGAGAUUGAACUUGUAGGAACCGAUUGCAAGACUUGGGGAAACACAGACUAUUAUAUAUAACGUAUAGUUGUGCAAUGAUUUAUGAUAAGAAGAAGAAAUGACUUACAUAAUCUUUUGACAAAAUAGCAUUUAAACAUGCAGUCCAUUCAAAUAUUCACAUAUUGGACAUUUUGGAUGUUGAUUUGGAUUUGUGCAGAGGGUCGUAAUAACGAUAACAAACAUACUCAAUUUAAAAUUUCUGAGUACAGAAAAGAAAAUACUACACUCCUAGACAACACUACUGACCAAAGAAAAGAACUUUCAACACAUCCAGACAAGACUACUGUCAAAAGGAAAAAAUAUACAACACUUCUGUUCCAAAUAACUGACCAAAGAAAAGAAAUCACAACACUUCCAGACAAACCUACUGGUCAAAGAAGAGAAUAUACAACACUUCCAGACAAUCACAGAUUAAGUUGUACAAAAAAUGAAACACAGACAGUCGCUUGCUUCAACGGAGGAUCGUGCCUUGCAACAAAUGUAGGAUUUAGAAUAAUACGAUGCGCGUGA